AAGAUGCCUGUUCAAAAUACCACUCUCAGUAAAGUUUAUUUACAUAACGCUUAUUUAGUUUUUAUCUGAAAAUAUGAAAUUAGUUUUUAUCGUUUUUUGUUGUUGUUGUCGUCGAUGUUAUAACUACAUUACCCAACAUACCCUCGAGAUGUCCAUAGCAACCUUCCUGUUUAUCUUUUGAACAUUUAUCUGCAAAAUUUCUCCGUGUUGGAAAAAUGAAAACAUGCUCUAAGCAGCAAUUGAAAAACAUAAGAAAAUCAUGUUUGGGGCUGGAAACUUACAUCACUCUGCAGAAGAAUCUGAAAGAAGAACCUUGCCACCUAUCAAAUCUGCCAGUGACAAGUAUUUCCUAGAAUCUCUUGGUGAAUACAUUCAACAUGAGAUGGAACGUCUGAUGUGUCCAGACGAGGGACCUGAUGAGCAACGUUACAUCAUUUACAGUUCUGCAUUUGAUAAGGUAAUUGAGUAUGCAACUGCAUACAAAACCAUUCUCACUUCCAUCAAGAAAGAGUAUGAUGAGUUCAUCUGUACCAUAAAGAAGAGUGAGCGUGAUGCCAAGUUAGCACAUGGGAAACUGAAGGCCAUGGUGGCCCAGCCCACCUCCCUUAUGUACUGUCAGAGAAGAGCUGUCCAGCUUCAAGAAAGGAUUGCUAUCAUUCAGAGAGACACUGCAGAGCUGCAGGCUGAGUUAAAUAGACUACAGGAGUCAAGGAGAGACAAGAGACCCUCAUUGCGUCAGAAGACCUCAGACAGCAAGACAUUACGGCCCGUUGGGCAAAUUCCAGGUCUGACAUUUGAUGAGUCGAUGAACCCAGCAGCUCUGGCAAAGCAUUUGGAGUACCUUGAGCGAAAGCGAGCCGACCUGCAGAUAAAGAGGAAGAGCCAGUAUGUAUCUGUUUCUGUCAAGAAUGACCUGGACAAUAAAAUGCGAUCCGCCCUGGACCAGAGGGAUGAGCUGGCAGUGGAGAAUGAGAGACUCCAACUCCGAUACAAAAAGAUGAAGUUUCUGAAUGACUCCCUCAUGACAUGGGAAAAGACAGGAAAAGAAGUCACUCUUCUGGAGUUCAUAACAUCAAAACUGGAGAAUAUAUUUGAUCUGAAAAUGAGCGACACUGAUUUCCUUGGCAUUAGUGCAGUAGUGUUUGAAGAGGAUGAUCCCAGCAAGGUCAAUGAAUCGGAGCUCUUGGUGGAUUACAUUGAAAGGUUCAUUGACCUAUUUGAGGGGGGUGAGUACGAGGCAGCUGCUUUCCAUGCUGCCAAAUCCCCUCAUGGAGUUUUGAGAAACAUGGAGACAAUGGAAAGGUUCAAAGCGGUCACAGUGUACCAUGGCCAGGGGGAACUGCCCCCUCUGCUUCUCUUCUUCCAGGCACUCAUGAUCUCGGUGCAUGCUGGGAAACAGCUGCCUGGGGAGACCCUGUCAGUGGAGGGGGUCCGGUGUGCCAUGCAGCUCAACUAUGUAGAGCUGGUCACACACUGGGUAACCCAGAAGAGGCUAACAUACAGCGAGGCUCUGGGGGAUGUGAUCUGUGAGUAUGGAGACAGGAAGCUGCGGAUGGCCGACACAUGCCUGGCUCUGGCCCACAUCGUCUACAAGGCCUGUGGCGUGCUCAGGAAGGCCGCACUGAGCAUGUGCAAGAGAGGCAUGACCAGCAGUACUAUGGAGUUCAUCUAUCAAAGCAAAGGCUUUACUGCAGGUGACUGUCUGUUUGUGCUGAAGGGUUGUCCCAGUCUGGCUCUUCUCCAGGCAUUGACUCAGGAGUACCAGGGCCAGCCUGCAGUGCUUUCUAUGGGCUUUGCCUGCCAUGCUCUGCUCAACUCUGAUCUGGAGGACCUGGCACUGCAGAUGGUGGAGGAAACACAUUCAAGUGGGCAAGGUACUUUGGAGAAGGUGAUUCUCGAUGAUACUGGGUGUUCUGCAGAGAACUGGGGUGAGAUAGCAGGUUGCUGUGGCCAGAAGAACAAGCCUUUACUGGCCCAGGAGAUCCUCUCCAUCCUGCUGUCUCAGUCAGGGGCCAUGCGCCUCUCCCCUGGCAUGGAGAGCUCCAGGCUGAUGCAGCAUGUGUUCAUGUAGAGAGACAGCCACCAGAGGGCGCCCAUGGGACAGAUCUGCACCACCAAUCCAAGAGGCCUCCGAACCAUGGCAAGCCCAUUCAUAACUCACUGCGUCAUACUGCUCACUGCUCACAGAGAUAAAUGCAGUCAUCCACACUGGUCCUCCAGGUCAUUAAAUCAUUUGAAUGUGAUUUCACUUUGAUUAAUAUGACAAGUGCCAAGUUCCAUUUUUAUCAGAAAGCACAAACCAUUGCUAUGUUAUUAAAUUGAUAUCACUUGAA